GUGCAUCAGUGCUGCAGUACUCUAUUAUCAUAUUAUGUCUAUACAGUCCGUCGUUCGGGGUCGAUUGCCGACUUGCCAACGUUCCAUUCAUACGGGGUCUCCCGGUCUCCGAAGUGGUGCUCCUGGCCUACAGAGCCAUAGCUUCUGGCUUUCCGGUCUGCCAAAGGAGCUGUCACCGCUGUGAGGUACAGAAGCGUUAUGCUUUCGAGGGGCCAGCUGUAACGGUAACUGAGGCAAACGGAGGCAAACGGAGGCAAACGGAGGCAAACGGAGAAUAACAGUGGUUAGUGGAGGCUAGCCGAGGCCAAAGCGGCAAUAAAAGAGCAGCGAGGACGGACAAAACCAGAAUCGUUAUGCUUUCGGGCGGGCGGCAGUAUCGGACAGAAACAAACACGUGUUGUUCAUCUUGAUGUCCAUCCGCUGGGUCGUAUUAGUUCAUCAAAUUUUCUUAUAUGCUAAAUUAAGGGGCUAAAAUAUUUAAAAAAAAAACACCUUUCUCAGUCUUUUUUUUUUUUUUUGACUAAGAUCAACUGUAGUAUCCGUUCCGAGCAGUUCAAUUUAAAAGAAGAAAAGAAAGAACAAAAUUUUUCUCAGACUUCUAGCUAGAACGCAAACAAAAAAAAAAAAGGAAAAAAAGACACAAGUGUUGGAGUGUCUUCUGGUUUCUAUCCGAUCCCUGCUCCAUCAGGCCCAAAAAAAAAGAAGGAAAAAAAAAAGUCAUGUGCAUGGACAGCUCACACGUAUGUGGGUGGAAGGCCAGUAUCUUCCUGAUUGCCGCUAUGAUAUUCCUGCUGGCCACGUGGCAGUCUUGCUCUGCUGCACGCGUUCUCAAUCAGAACACCCCUCACACAUUAGAGGACCACCACGUGGCAGUUGCCCCCGGCAGGCUUUUGCAUCAAUGCUUCUCCAACCAAGACUGCGACUGGGGCUGCACGUGUCUCAAUGGCCGUUGCUUUGAAUAUGUAUGCCCUGAGUUCGGGCUCCGACGGCCCCCAUGCUCUGUCGAACCCUGCUAAUUUCAGGUAAAAUGGACAGCCUCUAAGGGCAAUUUACCUGCAAUGGAAGUACUAGAUGCAUGCGGGGGACAUUAAGCCCACAGGAAGUGGGGCGGGGUGGUCUAUUUGGGGAACAAAAGGGGGAGGAAAUCGAAACCAGUGAGGCCCACGAAGAUGGUCGAAACCUGCGACGACACCCUGCUGCACAGCUGGUAAAAAAAAAAAAAAAAAAAAAAAAAAAAGAAAAAGACUCCCGAGGGGGGCGGGCGAUCGUUCGUCCUCGAUCUGUCAUGCUAUGAACUGUAGAGCGGAAAUGAUAUCGGAGACUGAGCGGAGAUGGAGCGGACAUUGAGCGGAGGGGAGGAGCGGAGAUGGACCUCAGUCCCAGGGAGGGUCUAGCAACGUGGACAAUUGGAGAAUCAAGCUGAGAGCAGAGCAGGGAGCCGCUCCCAGAUGGCUCUUUGAAAUUGGGUGCAGCAGACCUGGAUCACCUGGCUUGUGGCAGGCCUCGAAAGCCAAAGAUAGACGCGCCCACUGCACCGGCUCACAAAAAAAAAGAGUGCUGCAGGCGCAAGAUGGUGGUUGUGGAUGACCCGGAUUCAGAUGACUGUGCUGAAUAGCCCUCUCACUGGCUCUCAGGGCGAGAACUGCAACGCUGAUUUUGUGUGUGUGUGUGUGUCACAGUGUGUGUGUGCGUGUGUGUGUGUGUGUGUGUGUGUGGUGUGUGUGACACUGUCUGUGUGUGUAUGUGUAUGUGUGUGUGUGUGUGUGUGUGUGUGAGAGAGAGAGAGAGAGAGAGAGAGAGAGAGAGGGUCUGGCACUCAAAUCUCCGGCCAUAUAACUUUGCUCUCUCGAGUGGUCAAGAGCCUGUUUUUUACUAGUCUUCUCCUCGUGGUCCUCAGGUACAGGAAGCACUCUCUCCCAGUUCCCGGCAGCAACCAGAAGCUACAGUACCUGCAUCUCACAGGGGGGCCCUAACGCAGGAGAAACAACCACGCGCGGCUCAUCUCCACCAGCUGAUGGUUCGCAUCCGGCAUAGUUUUAACGGACCAGCAUCUGCCAUCACGAAAACAGCUUGUUUUACGUUAAGCAGCAUUUAUUCCAUGGCGUACCCACAUGCCCUUCGCCGGGAGACUGCUCUAGUCCUCAUUGCGGGCAUGAUCCUAUUCCUUGUUGCUGCCUCGCAGGUCACUGCUCGCCUAAUCAACGAAGAGCAGCCUGAUAAGAGAUAUAAUGGCCACGCGGUAAUCACCCAUCGCAGAGUUUUGCAGAGAGGGUGCUCGCAUCUUACAGGAUGGAAUUGCCCUUAUCCAUGCAGGUGUAUGCAUGGUUUAUGCUGGGCCAUUCCUGAUAUGUGCGAUCCGGAAUUUUGCGACAUGCGUCCUAGGCCUUGCUGGUAAUCCCUGUGUCAGAGUCUACCUUGGGAGAGGUUGCCCUUCACUGCCCUCAGCUAUUCACAUUCCUUUCUCAAGCUGACGAUACAUGACCAUACCCCUACCCUUGGGAACAUUGGUGCAAAAGUUUGGGCGUGUAGUACCGAAUGCCAAGACUUUGGGUGCCCAAAACCGAAAAGACCUUGGCGUGGGCGCUUUCCACCAAUUAUUCUCCCCUUACCGUUGCAUCAAGGAGAAGACUGGAUGCAUAACCAUAACCUUACCCUUGCCUCAAGGGGCAGACUGGGCGAGAUCAAAGAGGAGGAGAGGAAUAGACUGCACAAAUUUAUAGCUUAUAGCAAUGGAAUGCAUGCAACCAGUAGAUGGAUCUGUCCCCAGACUGUCAGACCUGCUGACCGGAAUACUCUUGAGUUUCGAAGGUGAGAUGGGUGGCCAGAUAAUCACCCAGUAAAUGGAUCUGUUCCUACGCUGGGGGGUAAAUUGGGUAAUGCAUAGAAUCCUCAAAUGGACUAUCUCGUUGUAGUCUCAUGCUAAGCAGAGCAUAACAAUGACAAGUGCAGCGGAUUAUCUUGCCAAAAGGCAGCAGCGUUGCAGAAGUGUCUAUUAGGGAACUGCGCCAGACUUGCGCUCUGCACCAUAGCGAAUACUGCAGGUCAUCUUUCAUUUCAGAUCCCUACAACGAUGCUCGCUUGAUGUUUUCGACAAUCCUUGCUUAAUGUUUUGAGCUUGCUUCGCAUGCCUUCCGUGUCU